AUGGAACCAUUUCAACAUAUCAGGACAAUAAACCAUUAUAGGAGGAGGUUGGGCAUGUGCUUAGCUAAUGCCAACCGUAAUGGUAAAAUCUGGUACUUUGUGGCUGAUAAUAUAGAUGUAGAAGUUCUGAUGGAUUCCCCUCAGCAAAUUACUUUGAAGCUGUUUUUACAAGAUUUGAAUCAGCAUCAUAUUAAUACUUUAGUAUAUGCUAAAUGUAGUGCUUCUGAAAGGCUAGAGUUGUGGGAGGGUAUCUAUAAUCUUUCCAAUACCUUAUCUUGUUCCUGGUUAAUAGGAGGAGACUUCAAUGUGGUUCUAAAUGAUGAAGAAAAGAUAGGGGAGGUAAACUUUAAGGGUAGUCCCUUCACUUGGUGGAAUGGAAGACCGGAUGAAGCAUGUGUUUUUGAGAGAUUGGAUAGGAUGUUGGUGAAUGCACUGCUUCUGGACAACUUUGGAAAUAUUGAAGUGGAACAUCUUGCAAGAACUGGAUCAGAUCAUGCUCCACUUCUAUGUACCUAUGGUGAUAAGUAUCAGAAUCAGCUGAAAGGAGUGUUAUCAAAAUGGAGCAGGGAAGUGUUUGGUGAUAUAUUCAAGCAGUUGAUCAUAAGGGAGGAAAUAGUGAGAUUAAAGGAACAGUUGUUUGAAGAAAAUCCAAGCCAAGUAAAUAGAAUGGUUUUGCAGAAAGCUCAAGCUGAGACUAAGAGAUAUUUGCAUUAUGAAGAAGAGUACUGGAGACAAAAUCAGGCCUGGAUUGGAUUGUAG